GGGCCGUCACACCUCACAGCUGUGGUCCGAAGCCGAGGUCUCUGUCUCCGGCCGACACUGAACCAUGUAACCCGCCGACUUCGGGGACAUUGAGGCUCCUUGGUGUCACCCGAAAACCAACACGAAGCAGCGCCGCGGAUCAUGGAGCAAAACCGGAGGACAAAACCCGUUUCACGUUGCUGAAGGACGCGACUUUAAGAGCUCCGGCCCGUGCAGACGCUGCCUCAGACGUAAACACACACCCAGACGUGAGCGCUACCCGGCCCCGCGGACAGGAAGACAACAUGGCCGGGAAUCCCCCGAGCGGCCUCACAGACAGGAGCGGCAGCUUCUUUAAGCUGAUUGACACAUUUGCAUUGGAGAUUGGGGAGCUGAAGAAGGAGAUGAUCCAAACCGCUCCAACAGUUGACAAGGAGCCCAUGGACCUUCAAGGGCUGGAGAGUGAAGCGAGUGGCGUUUACCUGCAGUCCCCCGGCUGCGGCGGGGUCGGGGGAGAAAGGGAUUCUGGGUACGACUCCUUACGGAGGAGGAUGAGCGUGUUGGACAGGCUGACUCAGACCCACCCAGUGUGGCUGCUGCUGGCAGUCAGUGAAGAGGAGGCCAGCCACAUAUUGAUCAAACAGCCACCAGGGGUGUUCCUGGUCAGGAAGUCUGCUGCUCUGCAGAGAAAGGUUCUGUCUGUGCGUCUCAAGGAGGACCAAUCAGGAACUCCCAUCAGCCACUUCCCUGUCAGAGAGAGCCAGUACACCUUUUCUCUUGAGGGAUCUGGGAUCAGCUUUGCAGACCUGUUUCGCCUGGUUGCUUUCUACUGUAUUAGCAGGGAUGUCCUGCCUUUCACACUCAAACUCCCAGAAGCCAUUGCAUCUGCCAAGACUCAGAAAGAACUGGAAGAGGUGGCUCAGCUUGGAGCAGGCUUCUGGGAUUCUGCACUGUGCGGUCAGCGUCGCACCUCUCCUCGUCCCCGUCGCCCUCUGAGCCGUACCCUCAGCCCCCAGCGAACUAACAGGAACAGGGAGGUCGAGGGGUCGCAGCAGAGACACACCGGGGCUCACUGCGACAGUGCGCCCCCGACCCUACGGCCCCACGCUCCUCCACCGUCCUUUCAUCUGGAGAGAAGACACUCCAGCGGCCCUCUGUGCUUCGUUAACCCCCUGUUUCUCCAGACUCAUCACCACCACCACCGCUGUGAGGACGAUACACCUUCACAUGCCGUCAAGUCCAAUAACAGCCUAGAGGAUGUGGGGAAAGCGUCAGUGGAGCCAUUAAACAGCAGUCAAGGUAGUGAGCACCAAGUGGACAGGAUCAAACUGAACGGCAAGUCACGGCCCCCUCCCCCUCGACCCCCACCCCCACGCUCGAUGCCACGCCGGCGCCCUGCCCCACCUCCACCUGGACCUCCAGCAGCUACCACCAGACCCAAGAGCAUGCCGGAGGCCGUUGCUGUGUCUCCAAAGCAGCAACAGUCCUCCAGCAGGCGCCCGGCACCUGCUCGACCACCAAUGGGUGCCAAGCACAGCAGCCCAUCCAAAACUGCCAGCCCACCAAUCCCUGUGCCCUCAAACCCACCACCUCCGAGACCUAAGAAGCCUGACCUGGAAGCUCACCGCUGCCACAUCGCCCUGGACGAUGAUACCAUCGCUAAGGCUCUGUCCCGUGCCAAGCUUCCACCCUGCCAGCCUCCACCUGCUGUCCCUGCUGAUGUACUACUGGAGAAUAACGCUGGGAGUCCAUCCAGCCCUAAUGAGAGGGGAUGCCAGCGACUCAGCAACAUGAGCAUGUCUACUUCCUCCUCUGACUCACUGGAAUAUUCGCAGUCUCCCGGAUUCUCCCUGGGCCUGGCCCCUAGCCCAUCCCGACACCUGAACCAUCAAGACCCAGUGGAGGACAGCAGCGAAGAUGACGAGGAUGGGGAAGAAGACGAGGAGGAAGACUAUGGGGUCGGCCUGGAGACUGACCUAGAAAUGCGCCUCCGUCCGCCCUUCAAAGCACGGCGGCGAACGGUUGGUGUGAGCCUGAGCGGGGGCUCUUUUAUCCUGCCGAGAGCCCUGAAGGGACGCUUCCGCAAGGUGAGCGGCAUGCUCAGCUCCCUCAUGACCCCAGAGAGACGGGCGGUAAAGAGGAUCGCAGAGCUGUCCAGGGACAAAAGCUCAUAUUUUGGCUCCCUGGUCCAGGACUACAUCAGCUUUGUUCAGGAGAACCGAGGCUGUCACACAUCAGGGAUGGAUUUUCUGCAGACUAUCAGGCAGUUUAUGACACAAAUGAAGGCUUACCUGCGCCAGAGCUCUGAGCUGGACCCCCCUAUAGAGUCACUCAUACCUGAGGACCAGAUCGACCAGGUGCUAGAGAAGGCCAUGCACAAGUGUGUCCUAAAGCCUCUGAAGAGUGUGAUCGAGGUGGCUUUACAUGACUUCCAGGUGAGCAGCGGCGCUUGGCAGCAGCUGAGGGAGAACCUGGCCCUGGCUAGGACCAAGAAUCCCCAGGAGCUUGGGGUGGACGGAGCUGUGCCUCCUGACCCCGUGGCUAUUGAGAAGAUCUGCCACAAGUUCCUAAACAUGAGAAAGAUGUACUCCCCGGAGAAAAAGGUGUCAGUGCUGCUGCGUGUGUGUAAACUCAUUUACACCAUCAUGCAGGAUAACUCAGGAAGGAUGUACGGUGCCGACGACUUCCUGCCCAUGCUGACUUACGUCGUGGCUCAGUGUGACAUGCCUCAGCUGGACACAGAGAUCCAGUACAUGAUGGAGCUGCUGGACCCGUCUCUGCUGCAAGGAGAGGGGGGCUACUACCUGACGAGCGCCUACGGAGCCAUGGCCCUCAUCAAGAACUUCCAGGAGGAGCAGGCUGCCCGGGUGCUGAGCUCCGAGGCCAGGAACACUCUGCACCAGUGGCACCGCCGACGCACUGCCCAGCGUUCAGUGCCGUCUGUGGACGACUUUCAGAAUUAUCUCCGUGUGGCUCUGCAGGAAGUGGACACGGGCUGCACCGCCAAAACCCUGCUCGUCCACCCUUACACAACCACGGAGGAGGUCUGCUCACUCUGCGCUUACAAGUUCAAGAUUCCCGACCCCGAGAACUAUGCGCUGUUUCUGGUGACUGAGGACACCAGCCAGCAGCUCGCCCCGGACACACACCCUCAACGAAUCAAAGCCGAGCUCCACAGCCGCCCUCACACGCAGAUCUUCCACUUUCUCUACAGGAAGGUGCCUAACCUUAACCUCUGCAUCCCUGCCAUCAUGCACAAUGGAAACCGCCUUCAAGUUGAGUAGUGGAGGAGGAUGUAACAGCUUGCCGCACUUGAUCCUAAACUCUAGUUACGUUUUGUGGCAUUCUUGUGGUGCUUGUACGUAGAUGUUUGUUUUGUAGAUAGAUUUGAGAAUGUCUGAAUGGAAACAGAAUCAAAGCUGUUUAUUGGCAUAUCGAUGAAGAUAUAAGAUGUCUUUGAUCAAAUAUGAUGCCAUGCAGAAUGAUGGGGUGAUUCAUUAUCAUGAGGAACUGUCACAGGGUUUAAUGGACUAUGUGAAGUGCUGGUGUUUCUCAAGCACACCUCAAGACUGUGGUUCAGAUUUGUGUCAAAAAGGCAAGGAAUGGUAAGUUUGUCGCUGGUUUAGUUUAACGUUAUCAACAGUUCAAGACUCCAUUUAGCCCUGUUGAGCAGAAAUAGUUGCAUCGUGUAUUGAGGCUGGUAUGCAGGACUUUUAUAUGGAGGUGAAGGUUCUUCAGAUUGUCGGACAUGUAUAACGUCCUUAAAGCAGAGGUCAUACACUUUAACAUUGCAUUAUACGUAACUAACGUUUGCCUUAACUGCUGUUAUCCCAGUUGCCUUCAAAGGAAUUGAACAUACUGUAUGCUACUGAAAGCUUUCAGUGAGGACCCCAGGAAGACUAGCAACCACUCUGUGGAAGCUAAUGGGGAUCCAUUAAAGAAUAAAGAAUAAAGAAAGCUCUCAUCCAGUAAUUAGUCAGCUUUCAUCAAAAUAACCCAGAUAAAUACGUCAUGCUAAAACAUUGAUUUAAUAAGUAAAAUUAACUAUUGUUAAGAGUUAUAAUUGUUUUUUCUCUUAUGUUUAUUUACUGCAAUUGCUGGACAAUUGUGGCUUGUAUGUCUUUGUAGAAAUAUUUUUAUAUUCAAAUGUUUCCUUUUUCAUUUCAUUCAAGUGACAAAGAUUUGUAUUCUGAUUUAAUAUUUCUGUACUGGACUCAAUAGUGGACUUGGAUUUAUGCCAGUUAUUUCUCAAAUGUUGAUUUAAAACAACACUGUUUCUAUAGUUUGUUAUGGAAAGCUCAAAGCUGACUGUGGAAAUAUAUAAAAUUCUAUAACACGAGG